CUUGGCGAAUUCGGAAAUUUCUCCUGUCAUCUCGCACUGCGCUGGCUUCGCCCAGUGGGGACUCGGGAACGUCGCAUUCCUCAUCCGAUAUCAGGGCAUCCUUUUACUUGGCUAUUCAAUCUGGUCGCCUGCCCCAACUACACUUACGAGGUUCUUUCUUGGCUCGGCUUCACCAUUAUGACUCAGACACUGCCAGGUUGA